GUAAAUAAUAACUUUUUUGUUGUAAAUUUACGAAUUAGGUGAUUUAUUAUUUUAUUAUUUUUUAAUAAUUUAAAAAAUUAUUAUUUCUUGGUUCAGUUCACUCGAUUUGAUGUGUUGUUGAUCCGAACGAGACGGAAACCUCAAAAACUAAAUUACUUGUAUGUAAUCAGUAAUUCACUAACUCUACCGAACUAAAGUUAGGGAAAGAUGAUGUCAUUUGAUAACUUUGUGAAUGCUAACAGCGACGAGACGGCCAGUAAAUCUGGAAUCGUGGAUGAUUUCAUGUACGGCUCUAAUGUAGCUAGUAGCCAUGUGUACAUUAGACUCGGUUUUCUCAGAAAGGUGUACGGGAUAUUGAGCAGUCAGCUGCUAUGCACCACUCUGAUUGGUCUGCUGUUCGUGGCUGUCGAGCCAAUCAGACUGUUCGCUCAAAAUAACCAGUGGUUAUUUUUGAUCUUUGGUUUCUCAUCGAUUGGGCUGAUCAUUGCGCUGAUGAUUCAUAGAAAAGUUUACCCGACUAACUAUUACUUGCUUGGAGCGUUUACCCUUUGUGAAUCAUUCCUGGUUGGAAGCAUUG